AUGACGGCCGCUCCAAAAAGACAGGAUCCUAACUCUGAAGAAGACUCUGUUCAUAUUCCCAACCAAACGGCAGCACCGACGAAAAAGCCUAGCAGGAAAAAAUGGUUCAUAAUUGGUGGCAUCGUGGUUCUCAUUGUCUUGGUGUUGAGUUUAACGUUGGGAUUGUACUACGGACUUAAGAAGAAGGAGCACGGCGUCGUUAACGAUAGUGCUGCCAAAUAUAACGCCGAUCGCCCAGACAAAAGCUCGAAUGAUACUAGUGACGAUUAUGAUAAUGAUAAUGAUGACGAUAAUAACAAUAAGAAGGGCAAGGGCGAGAGUGAGAGCUCCAACGAUGAAUCGAAAAAGAAAGAAGGACCCUUUGUUGAUUUGGGUUAUUCUCAAUAUGAGGGCAAUGUUCUCUCCAGCGAUAUCUACGAGUAUCUAGGCAUACGUUAUGCUAAAGCACCUUCUGAUGACUUGCGCUGGAGAGCGCCAGUCAAGCCAGACUCUACAACCGAAGUCUUGAAAGCUCAAAAGUAUGCCCCUUUCUGUCCAGGAGUCAAUGACCGCCUUGGAUCAACUAUCGACGAAGAUUGUCUAUUUGUCAACAUCUGGGCCCCAGCAAAUGCGACAUCCGAUUCAAAACUUCCCGUCAUGGUCUUUUUCCAAUCCGGCGGUUACAUCAGAAAUGCAUCCCCAUAUAUCAACGGUACUGGACUCGUCACCGCUUCCAACAACAGCAUCAUCUAUGUCAACUUCAAUUACCGCGUUGGUCUAUUCGGUUUCUUGGCUGGCAAGGAGAUCAAAGAACAUGGUGAUCUGAACGCCGGCCUGCUAGACCAGAGGUUUCUUCUGAAAUGGGUUCAGGAGCAUAUCGAAGAAUUCGGUGGUGACCCCGAGCAUGUUAUUCUUCACGGUGAAUCCGCUGGAGCUGGAUCGGUGGCGCUUCAGCUCGUCGCAUACGGUGGCAAAGACGAGGGCCUCUUCGCAGGUGCUAUUGCCGAGUCGAUUUUCAUGCCAGGUCUCCCAGAACCUGACGAUAUACAGUACCAAUUCGACCGAGUCGUUAACGCAACGGACUGCUCCGAAGAAGAUGACACAUUGGCGUGCCUCCGGGGGAUGGAUUCGUCAGUUCUGCAAGCUCAAAACAUCAAGGCUCCCUUUGACGGACGAGACUAUCGCUCCUACUUCUACUGGGCUCCCACUACUGAUGGCGAUAUGUUCCCAGACUUUCCCUCCGAGCUCUACAAGAAGGGCGACUUCGCCAAGGUGCCACUGCUGACUGGCUCUUGUACCAACGAAGGGUCCAACUAUGCCGUGAAUGCAGGCAGCUCAGCCCAAUUCAUCCGCUACAUGCAAAACGAAUACCCCUAUCUCACAACUGAAGAUACCGAAACCAUCCUAGAACUUUACCCCAAGGAACCCGCACUCCCAAAGCACGACGUCUGGUUCCCCUCAGCCUCCCGCGCUUAUGCUGAAGUCACCUUUGUCUGCCCUACCAACAACAUGCUCGACGCCUACGCUCAACAUGCCGACCCCAAGACUCUGUGGUCUUAUCGCUAUAACGUCCAGAUCACAGAGUUCAUCGAGGAUGGCCUUGGUGUUCCUCAUGUUGCAAACGCACCCGCAGUCUUUGGCCCCGACUUCACAGCUGCCAAGGCCGGACCCAGCUAUCGCACUUACAACGCCCCCAUGAUACCUGUCGUGCAGAGUUACUGGAUCAGCUUUGUCCGCAACCUCGACCCCAACAAGGAUCGCUACGAAGGAACACCGCAGUGGGAGACCUGGGGAGACGAUCAGCGUCGUCUGGUUUUUGAAUUGAACAACAACACUAUGGAGAGUGUUGAUCAGGGUCAGAGGGAUCGUUGCCGGGCUUGGCUCGACAUGAGCGAUUCCACCAAACAAUAA